AUGGAUGAAAUUUCCGAUGAACUGUUGCUAAAGCUCAAACAGCAACAACAACAACAAGGAAAAGAAAAAGAAGAGGAAGAACAGGAAAAGGAGGAAAGAACGAUUAUCUCCAACACACGGAAAAAGUACACCAUCCUCCCCUCCGCCUCCCACAGUCUUCUCAGCACCACAGAACUACGCACAGUCCAGCGGUACAUUGAACUGAAUAAAUCCCAUCGCUUCACAGACCGCAGUGAACCCCCCGCGCAGGUCAUUCCACAACUCCCCUUUCAACGUCAAUACGGCGGCGAUGAAGUUCUCCGCAUGGAAGUGAUGAUUGUGCAUGCGAAGGAAAGUGCAUUGGAUGUGCCGUUGCAUUUCAUCACACCAGAGGAAUUCCACGCCCCACCACUGGAGGAUCCACCCACACAUCUCCCACUAGCCAGACGCGUGGUGACACUUCUAAAGGGAACGGAAUCUAUUCCCAUGCAUUGGGUGGAACCACGUCCAGGUGUAGGCAUAAUGGAAGAGAAUAAUGCAGUUCAACGGAAAGUAUUAAAAGAUGCCAUUGCACGUGCACAAUCUGCUAUUCGUGCUGGAAAUACAUUAGAAGGUGGUUAUCUUCUUUGUACGGUUGCUUCUUUACAUUAUAAUAGUGGAAAUAUGGAACUGGCUAGAUCUUAUUUCGCCAAGGCAUUACAGGCUUUUGAAUCUAUUGCUGAUAUUCGUGGUAUUGCAUUCUGUCAUAAUAUCUUAGGUGUUUGUUACUAUCGUCUGCGGGAAUUUAAAAUGUCACUCUUACAUCAUAAAAGACAAGAAUCUCUUGGUGGAUGUUAUGCUCGGGCAGUAGCACAAAUUAAUAUGGGUGUUAGUUAUGCGGCUCUUGGGGAAUUAAACUUUGCAGAAUCCGCAUUUGAAGAUGCCUUGGCUAAUGCACGCACAUGUGAAGAUAGUCUUUUAGAAACUAUAACACUUGGAAAUCAAGGACUUGUUUAUAUGCGUAUGGGUAAUAUGCGGGAAGCACAAACAAGUUUAGAGCAAUGUUUAGAGAAAUGUAGUUUGGGAGGUGAUAAGGGUGGUGCGGCUAUUUGUCUCUUACUUCUUGGUGAACUCUAUUCACUCAUUCGAGAUCACCAUCACGCAUUAUUUUACUAUGAACAUGCCUACCGUGUGGGAGGUGAGGCGGGUUGUGCAGAUGUGGUAGAUAUUGCUCGUGUAAGUAUUGGAAUAGCCCGUGGAAAUGCCGCACUCAGAGAUGCUGUUCUCCUGCAAGCAAAACGUAUGGGUCAACAUGUUGAUCUUAAGGAUGUAGUUGGAUUACUUCCUCCAUAA